AUGACGAUAACCCGUAUUAACGAUUUCUAUAGCAACUCAAUCAUACUUAUUACGGGUGGAACCGGUUUUGUAGGCAAAGUGUUAAUACAAAAACUAUUGAGUGCCUUUGAGGUGCAGAAAAUUUAUAUGCUGAUACGUUGUAAGGAUAACAUGACAGUCGAGCAGCGUUUAGAGAAAUUUUUAAAUGAAUCGAUAUUUGAUGUAUUACGCGAAGAAAGACCGCAGAUACUUCGUAAAGUACGCGCCAUACGUACUAACUUUAGUGCAAUCGAUUUGGAUAUUGAAGCCGCGGAUCGUGAACUGCUACGCAAUGAAGUGGAGAUAGUGUUCAACGUCGUUGCAUCGGUGAAAUUUAAUGAAAAGCUUAGUGACGCCAUUGACAUUAACGUUUUGGGUACAAAGAAGAUACUAGACUUAGCUAUGGAAAUGAAUAAUUUAAAGACAUUUUUACACAUUUCGACACUUUAUUGUAACUGUAAUCGCAAGUACAUUAACGAAAAGGUCUACGAAAAUGAUAUCGGCUAUGAGAAGAUUAUACAGAUAUUUCGAAUAUUCGAUGAUCAGACUUUAGAAAAGUUUCGAGCAUGUUUAAUUGGAGAAAUGCCUAAUACUUAUACGAUGACCAAGAAAUGCGCUGAGAAUUUAGUCAAUCAUCGGGCUUUUCACUUGCCAGCUGGUAUUUUCCGGCCACCCAUCGUUAUAUCAACUUAUAAGGAACCGUUUCCUGGUUGGACUGAUAAUUUAUAUGGACCAUCAGGAUUAUGCACAUGGUCAGCCAGAGGGUUAGUUCAUUGCAUUUAUGGUAAUUCUCGAUGUCUUGCCAAUAUGGUGCCGGCAGACUAUUGCGUAAACGCAAUGAUUGGCACUGCUUGGGAUAUAGCCAGAAGAUACAAACUGAAUAAGUACGAUGAUCAUGCGAAAUCAAAAUGCGAACUGCCAGUCUACAACUAUAUAUCUGGGGACAACAAUUUAACUUGGGGACAAUAUAUGAAUAUGUCUCGUAAAGGAUUUCACGAACCAUUCGACAAGCCCUUGUGGUGUUUCUCGUACAUCAUAAUACCAUGGAAGCCAUUACAUCAUGCCGCAGCAUUCUUUCUGCAUCGGAUACCAGCUUAUAUUCUAGAUUUAAUAGCUCUGGUCACUGGUCAAAAACGCAUAUACGUAAAAGCAUACCAGAAAAUGACGAAAAUUAUUUACAUGAUGUCUUGGUUUGGCCUUAAAGAAUGGAAAUUUGCCAAUUGCAAUAUAAAGGAAUUGCACUCUCAACUGACACCGGCUGAGAGAAAAUUACUUGAAUUUAAUAUCGAAACUAUAGAUUGGGCCACGUAUUUUCAUUCAUAUUUAAGUGGUAUACGAAAGUAUUUUUUUAAAGAUAGCGAUAACAAAUUGCAUAAACGUAAAGUCCUUUAUCGCAGGUAA